UUUCCCGGUUGGAAGUAAACACGGCAAGUGAAGCUGACAGAUCGAAACGGGUUCUUGUCGGUGAAAAACGAUAAUUAAAACGUCGUUUCAAUGUGAAUUGGAAUACAGAUAAAUACACCGUGAAUUGUAACCGUUGAAAAUUGUGUGCCAGUUAUGCGCAGAGGAGAACACUGUAAAACAUAAAGGAUUAUCAUUACAAAAUUGAAACUUUCUGUUAACUCUAAUUCAUUGCAUUUCAACUGUCAAGACAGUCACAUUGUUUUUCAUUGAGCUUAGUGGCCUGUCUAGACGUGGGCCAUAAGACCAUUCAAACGAUAUGUAAUUUGGAUUUUAAAAAUUUAAUUUGAAGCAGCAUGACAGCUGAGGUGAUUACUAAUAGUAAUAUGAAUAGCCAAAGACCUCCAAUGAGAAGGAGUAGAACUUGUACGACAGAUAAUACAAGACGACCCAGAAGUUAUUUUGAGUGUGUUCCUGAUGAUUAUGACAGUCUUCAGAUAUCAAGGGAAAGUUCCCCAACCCUUAACCAGGAUUCCCCCCAGUCAUCAUGUCAGGCUCUGAAACAUGCCGUAUCGGCUCUUACAAGACUGGAUGAUUUUGUGUGUGAAAAAUUGGGAAACGGAUUCUUCUCUGAAGUAUACAAGGUUACACAUCGAACAACAGAUCAAGUUAUGGUUUUAAAGAUGAAUACGUUAACCAGUAACAGACCUAAUAUGUUACGAGAAGUUCAAUUAAUGAAUAGACUCUCUCAUCCUAAUAUAUUAAAAUUUAUGGGUGUGUGUGUUCAUGAAGGCCAACUACAUGCUUUAACUGAGUUCAUCAAUGGAGGAAGCUUAGAACAACAAUUAGCGGAGGAGGAAGAAUUACCGUGGAUCUGGCGUAUUAAAUUAUCGCUAGACAUAGCUCGUGGCAUGAAAUACAUCCAUUCCCGUGGUUUCAUACAUCGUGAUUUAACAUCAAAGAAUGUGUUAGUUAAAAAAGAACCUGAUGGUAAUAUGAGGGCGAUUGUAGCAGAUUUUGGUCUUUCUGCCAAGAUACCAGAUCCACUUGAUCCAAAUAUUAAACUGUCUAUAGUAGGCUCACCAUAUUGGAUGGCACCAGAAGUACUACGAGGUGAAUUCUAUAAUGAACUGGCUGAUGUAUUUUCCUAUGGUAUAAUAUUAUGUGAAAUAACGGCUAGAAUAGAAGCAGAUCCUGAUAUCUUACCUAGAACAACUAAUUUUGGAGUUGAUUAUGUAGCGUUGUCAGAAAUGGUUAUAUAUAGUCCUUUAGAUUUUUUACAUUUAGCCUUCAAAUGUUGUCAUGUUGAUCCCAAGAAAAGACCAUAUUUUGGAGAAAUAGAAGUCUCUUUAGAAAAAAUAUUUAAAAAUCUACAAAAUGACUUGAUACAAGAAGCACAAAAUAACAAAAGAGCUAAAAGAAAAGGAUGUAAAAGAUCUAAAUCUGAAGAUAAUAUUCUACAAGCCAAUGACAGCUCUAGUGAUGUAGAAAAUAUGGACGAAUUGCCAACAACAGCCUUGUUGAUUGGUCAGUUUAUGAGUAAAGAUGACCAGUUUUAUUUACCCACAGAGAACAAUCCAUUUGCUAGUUACAAAGAUGGUAGAAAAUUGUUUGGUACACCUCGUGAACAUUCUUCCGACCUUCCAUCUCCAACGGCCAUGUUUACUCCGCCCUGUACACCAAUCACCCCUGAUUCUAGUUUCUCCUUCCGUCAAAAGUCUGCGUCUGGUAGAAAAUGUCAAUCACUGCCUUCAUCUCCCGUUCUGUUGCGGAAAGCAGCAGAAGAAUUACACAUGGAAUCUCUUCACGGAAGUGCUAAAUGGAACACUCACCAACAGAUUUUAAAAUCCAGAUCAAAGAGUAUGCUAAUGUCCGAGAGUUUAUCGGAAACAAUAGCGCAGAAACUUUUAUAUUGUGGAGAGGAUAACUCUGAUAAAGAUGAUGGCGAUCAUAGUGGCGAUGACAAUUUAGAAUCGAAAUCAAAUUCUGUCCAUAGACCUAACCCUCUGUCGUGUUCUUCAAGACGUUUAAAGUUUGGACGUGGAAAAUUUGCGAGUGUUGAUUGUGAGUGGCUGUCAUCUAGUUCAACUUAUACAGGAAAUGGAUUAUAUAACGAACGUAAUUGCGAUGAUCUAGAAAUAAACGACAAAGAAAACAAUUCAAAUAUUCAGCGUCGAAAAAAGCGCAUAAAUCGUAAUUCUCCAGCACGAAGUUCAUGUGAUUCAUUUAUGUCCAUUGAUGAACAACCCCACUCUCCUUCUAGUUCAUUAUCUAGUUAUGGUGAUGCUAACGAAUUUUAAACGGACCUAGAUCUGUUAUUUUAGUCAUAUCUGCUGGUUUUGACUGACUGGCAGUGAAAUUGACCUAAUACUAGAGACAUUACCUGUCAGUCAAUUUACAGCCAGUAAAAUUAGACCCUGAGUUCACAAAGCUUUCUCAGACUUAAAUUCAGAAUUUACUCAAAAUUGUUCGCCUUAUUUUAACUAAACGAAUUAAUGAGAUAAAACUGAACCAUAUUUUAGUCCCGAAAUGAUCUAGUUUGUGUCAAGUGGACAUUAAACCCUGUUUUUCUCUCUCUUUUAACUAAAAUAUAGCCCUUUAUAAAACUUUUGUUAUUUUAAUGUAUCAAAUACAUCAAUAAGAAACUACAGUAGAAUCUGUAUGAGCAGCCACUCCUAUUCAGCGACAUCUCCUUGUAAGCGGUCAUGAUAAAUUCCCCCCGUAGAAAUUCUGUUGUUUUAUCUCUUUAUUCAACGGUCACUCCUCUAACGCGGCCAGCGGUCACUAUUUUACUAAUAAAUUCAACAAAACAUCGCCCAUUCAACGGCCAUUGUUGAAUGAUACCAUCUUGUCGUUCUUUGUAACACCCCCGCUAAUCCCGUGAGUAGUAGUUAAUUAACUGGACCCCCACUGAUCAGGUAAAAAGAAAUGUAAACAUAACAAUCAACCCGGGAUUAUCUGUUAAUUAAUCUUUUGUUUUAUUAAACGACUAACCUGAUCAUUGUUUUCACGCGUAACGACACAUUAUUUGAUACUGAUUGAAUAAAAUAAAAGUACCGAGUUUUGUCACGAUCAUCUAGUAUCUCUCUUAGCGCCUCCUAUAAUAUUACAUACAGAGUUACACCCCCUGUAAAUAGGAGAUAAAAUUAGCGAUGUUUUUUGUUCAUGUGCUUUUUUGAUAAAAUAAAAUGAAUUCAUCGAUUUUCUUCACAAAAAUUGAUAAAUAUUAUCGAAUGCAUCACAAUGGUAGACAGUAGUAUCGAAGGUUGGUACAAAAUGACAAGUUUACAGAAGUUAUGUCCGAGAUUUGAGUAAAGAAUUUUCGUCCGGCGCAAGAUUCAGCGACGGCCAAAUUUACCGCUUCCAAUGCAUCCAAGCGUAAUAUUUAAUUUAUGUCGGCACAAAAAGCAACGAGAUUUUAUUAAGAGGCCACUCCCGUUAAAUUAUGUCCGAGAUUUGAGUAAAGAAUUUUCGUUCGGCGCAAGAUUCAGCGACGGCCAAAUUUACCGCUUCCAAUGCAUCCAAGAGUAAUAUUUAAUUUAUGUCGGCACAAAAAGCAACGAGAUUUUAUUAAGAGGCCACUCCCGUUAAGCGGUCAGUUGUGAAAAUUCCCUUGGGUGGCUGCUUAAUACAGAUUCUACUGUAUGUACAAUGUUUUGUGUUUCUGGAUCAAAGAUAUUUCUCAUGAACAGUGAUUGAAAGUUGAAUAAAUUCUUAACUUAAGUCUGAGAAUGCUUAGUGAACUUGGGGCCUGAUCUUGCAAAGAAUUUAUCCUUUAACCACAAUAAAUACUGUUACUGUUAAAACACUUAAAAAUAUAUUAACAAAAUUGGGAUAAUACUAAUAAAAAUUAUUAUUGUCUCUAAAAAAAAAAAGGUGGCAAAUGAUUGACCGACUGAGUUGAAAGCCCUGAUAACACCCUCUUUGAUACAGUCUUGAUUACAUUAAAUUUGCUGUGUUGAUUUAUUCUGUGAAGUUGGUAUUUAUCUAUAUUAAAAUUUUAGGUUCACAAAUAGAACAAAUAUUGAGAUAUAACUGACAAUAUUUUAAGCCAAACAAAAGUCUUUCAAAAAAAAAAAAUCUAAUUGUAUAAAAUAUUGUUAAGUCAAUAAUCAGAUCAACCAAUUCAGCAUUUUAUUAUGACUUUAAUCAAAGUGGUUUGGGUCCUUUAAUUGUUGUGUGUUUAUCAUAAUCUUAUAAAGUCAUAUCUCUAAUCUUAUUAUUAGUUACUAUAGUCUUUACAAAGAUAUAUCUCUAAUAUUAUUAUUAGUUACUAUAGUCUUUACAAAGAUAUACUUAAAAUAUAUAUAUGAGAGCAUGUAAUCAAACAUUCUCGUACUCAGUAGUUUUAAACAAUAUUCUCUUGUGUCAAGGCCAUUUCGGUUAGUAUGGCACUGACUUACAGACCAGGAGGUCCUGGGUUCAUUUCUAGUAUUAGCCAUUUAGCCACCGUGGCUGCAUGAUACAAGAGACUCUAAGUUUGAAACCGAUGGGUACAAGAAUGGUAAAGCACUAUCAAGAUAAAUUAACAACAUGUUGAUGUUGAUUCUUUUUCUGGUGUGAAAUAAUUUUCAGAGUGAUCUAUUUAUUUUUUCUGAUAAAACAAUUUUAUGGAUAUAAAUUUGAUUUAAAUUUCAAGCCGUUAAUAACAAGUUAUAAACAUGAAGAAAUAAUGCCUGACUUAACUUACAUCUAACCCUCAUUUCUAUCUUUUUAUUUUAUCUGAUUACGAUAUCAAUAGUUGAUUAUAUAAUAUCUUCCAAAUAAGUAAAAAAAAUUAAACCAAAAAAGAGGGGUGUAUUGACUUAUAAAGCACUACGCCAAAAUAUACCUGACAGUAACAUUGAUAUUAUUCUGUCUAUUUUAACAAUGUAAUCAGUAGCGGACUGGCCAGGUUGUCAGCUUGCUCAAGUGGGCCCCAGACGAAGUGGGCCCGCUUAGACAUUAAACAAUAUAUUUAAAUUAUAAAUUAUCAAAAAAUAUAAAGAAAACAAAAUCGGGAAAAUUCUAAUUACAUCUUUUUGUUUCCACUAAUUAUUUUUGAAAAUUUAAUUUAUUCAUUUUAAAAAUUAAAUGAUAGAAUUGUAUUGGUGGGUGGGCUCCCUUUGUCUCCUGGCAACCAAUAUUUUUACAUCCAGUCCGCCACUGUAUGUAAUUCUCACAUAUCGUGCAAGGCACUGUAUAUUAACAAUGACAUGAUUUUAAAACAUAGGGAGUAUUGUUUCUUAGUGAAUAUACACUGUGAUAUAAGGCAUGGCUUCCAACAGUUGUUAUAGGGGCGUAAUCGAAUGUUAGGGUAGUAGUUCCUAGACUAUAGAAUGUCACAGUUCAACAGUCAGGAAAUUGCUAGCAAGGGUCUCUCUAGAGGUGGCACCAAGAAAGUGUGCCUGAAUGUUUGAUGGGAUGGAAAACUAUUGGCAGCAGGUGAAAAACCUGGUGCCUGGGCAUGAUUCUCUUCCACACAUUCUACAAAUGUAAAUUACAUAUAUUAAUCUCAAAAUGACCAUAUGUUAGUCUCAAAAUGACAAUAUGUUAGUCUCAAAUUGACCAUAUGUAAGUCCCAAAAUGACCAUAUGUUAGUCUCAAAAUGACCAUAUGUUAGUCUCAAAAUGACCAUAUGUUAGUCUCAAAACGACCAUAUGUUAGUCUCGAAAUGACCAUAUGUUAGUCCCAGAAUGACCAUAUGUUAGUCUCAAAAUGACCAUAUGUUAGCCUCAAAAUGACCACAUGUUAGUCUCGAAAUUACCACAUGUUAGUCUCAACAUAAUGACUGUAGCAUUGUGUUGACGAGACGUUAGACUCAUUGCAACAGUUCUGAAGGAGAAGGUGUUUGUUUAAUAAUAUCACGUUAUCACAAUCACUGUAAGCUCCUCAACUGUAUGACUAUUGGGAGCCAUGCUUACACUCAUCUGCUUACAAACUUAAACAUGGUCAGUAUCAAGUCUAUAUACGUAUCUAUUAAAGAUAUUCAAAGUUGCUCAGUUUCAUUAUAUAGGCUAUUUUAAUUUUAUAACAGUAUUUUAUUAUAACUCAGAUUAUUUAUUUAAAUAUCUCAUCAUAGUUGUCAAAAUUAUGAAAUAUGUCUCUCCAUUGGGUGUUAAAUGUACAUGGAAUUCUCUUUAAUAUAAUAACUGUAUAUACAUCGUAUACAUAUAUUCUACAAAAAAAUUAAUGCAUUAAAUCAUUAACAUCUCAAAAUUUAACGAUUUAUUUGCAUAUUAUGUUAAAUGUGUUAAAUAUGUCUUAUUGGGUUUUUUUUAAAUCGAGAAAUUCUUCCACUUUCUCCUUAAAACUUACUUUUUAUACUGUUUUUUUAAAUUUAUAAAUACACAAUUAUUUAUUCUCUGACACCCAGCCAUUUGCUUCCUCUAUCUUUGUGAUAAUUAUAUCAUUCAUUUUAAUGCUCUUAAAUCGACAACAGGGUUUGAAAUGUGAUCAUUUCUGCUUAUGCUGGACUCACACAGGACAUCACUCUUUUUUGCCUAAAAGAUAUUUUUCUAUGCCAUAUAAAAUAUCAGAUGAGUUUUUGUGAUUUGAGAAAAGAGGAAGGGCGAUCUCGGGUUUUUGUCAUGAACUAGAAUUCUUCUAACUAAUGAGAUACUUUAUAAUGUAAUGUCUUCUAAUCUAAAAAGCGGGGUUGGGUGGCGAAAUGAUUUAACACAUGUCUUUAGAUCAUAAGGUCUGUCAUUGAGUUAAGUGGCAUGGUUUUGAUUCCCAGUGUGAAUGUGACAAGGAGUAUAGUCGCCUGUCCAAAUGUUUUAUUAUAAUAAGCAUGUGAAUGUGAAUAUUGCACAUUUUUAGAUUAAUAAUGAUAUUAUUUACAAUAUACAUUUAUAUAGUAAGUUUUUAUAAACUGUUAUACAUAGAAUUAUUAUCAGAAAUAUUAAUACUUUUGGCUGGUAAAACCAUUUGACUAGAUCUUGUAUACACAGUCUUUCCAACGUGGUUUCCCCUUGUCAGUGAUGCAGGACGGAGAGCCUGACUAGGGAUAAUGUAUAGUCAUUCGAAUGGGUUGAAAAAUUGAGAUCCUUGGCAUGCACGUUAAAGAUCCCUUGGCAGUUGGAAUUCGAUAUACGAGUAGGCCAUAGAGCUGCUAUCCGGAGAAAAUUUCCCUCAUAGCACACUGUAUGUCAUUGUACCUAUCUUCAGUCGGAGCAGGGGCCUGUUUCACAAAAUUUUAACUUAAGAUAAAAUCCAAAUUUUAGUAGAUACUUCAAUUUUGAUUGGCUAAGCACUAAAAUCAAUCUAAUAUUAUCCAAUCAAAUUAUUAAAAUUUGGAUUUUAUCUUAGUAAAAUUUGGUGAAACAGGCCCCCGAACAGUAGGACAUCAGACCCCAUUUCAUUUGGUAUACAGUUGAAUAAACUGAUGCGGUAGUUAAAGUCACUGUUAGGACAAUAUCAAAUUUUUCGUGGAUUAAUCCACACUAAGAUAUACUAGAAUUGAUUAUUUAAAAUUGAAUUUAGAUGACAAAAUCAAAUUAUUAAUGGUAAUUAAUCUCCUUGCUUAGAUUCAUUGACAUUAAAAAGUGGCGCAUCUAAAGUUUAUAGGUGGGCUAGCUUGUUUUGAACAUAUUCCGUUUAUAUUGUCUGCAACUAGAGCAGGGGUGUCAAACUCACUUCGAUUCAAAGGGUCACAUGAGCUAACAUUUUACAUCAAGUGGACCAGAGAUAUACAAAAAUUACAAAAAACAAAGCCAAGCGUCUUUGAAAUUUACUGAAUUCUAAAAACAAAGCCAAAUGUCCUUGACACAGGUAAUUUUUUUAGACUGGGUUCCAAAUUGCCAAGAUAUAAUAUUGAAUACAAUGUUCUCUUGUAUUACAUACAAUUUAGAUAUCUAUGACAUACAGUACAGAAUUUUAAUGAAACCGGAAAACAAUAAUAAAUGAUUUCCACCGCUAAUUUCUAAGAAUUAUCAAUUUGUUCCACGGGCCAUAUUUAAACCCUUGGAGGCCUUGAUCUGGCCUACGGGCCGAAUGUUUGACACCUCUGAACUAGAGUAUGCCGAGUGUUGACAAAUUUUUAAUUCCUCAUAUCUUUGUAAAUACUAAAUGGAUUUGAACCGUGUUUUGACUUUUAUCCCGUUCUGAGAUUCAACUUUAAGUUAAGAAUAUUGUAAUUUGGAAGGGAUUAACAAUCCAUCAAGUAUUGUUUGCUAUACAUUUAUAUACAAAUGAAAUGAAAUGGGGUUAAAUGUCCUAAAUGACAUUCAGAGAAUAAAGUUAAUAUUUCUGUUAAAAAUGCUAACUCACGAUUGUUCAUUAUAUUAUUUCAAUUGUUACCUAAGCAUGUUUCAUUUAUUAUUCAUACGUGCUAUUCAAUUGUUAUUUGUACAAAUAUUAUGAUUGAAAAGUGUAAUUAUGUUACAUUGAUCAGCGUUAUGCAAGAUGUAAAUAGAUUUAUUAGAUGGUUUGAGAUUGUAUAGCUAAGAUAAUAUUUUCAUACAUUGUUACAUAUUCAUUAAUCGUUAGAAAACCGAUAAGCAUUUCAUAAUUUAUAUGAUAAGUGAUUAAACUGGAGGAUGUUAUCUUUGUUACAGUUAGUUACUUUAGUAACGGAUUCUUAUAGGAGUCUGUCCGCUACCUAAGUAACUAUGUUCCCUUUCCCUGUGUGUGAUAAAACAAUCUGAUUAAAACACAGAUCCUAUUUCGUUUCGUUUUUUAUAGUUCAAAAUUUCGUUUUACUUGUCUUUACUUCACUAGGAUCUGGAAAAAUUGUUAUCAUUGACAUGUUCUGGAUGAUGUGAGGGAUUGGCCAAUGAAACAGUCUGUUGCAUCAAGCUUUUGGCGUGAGGUGAAUGGAACUGUUGGUAAUCCACUAGAAACAUCAAUGCUGAUCGAUUAAUCAAAUAUCUGACUUCAUAGGGUCAAAAGCCGCUUGUAUGACCUCGGCCGUGACCUCCCAAAUCAACUGGUCAGAUGUUCAUGUAGUGUAGGCCAUCGAAAGUAUAUAAAAAACGAAACGAAAUAUAGAUCUGUAUUUGAAUCAGAUUAGUGAUAAAAGAAUCAAUAUUUAUUUCUCAAAUGACCCAGGGAAGACAGAAGCCAAAAUAAAAGAUCAUCAUUGUCAUAAUAAUUUGUGAAAACCCUCUUUUGUGUAAGCCUUAUUUAUGAGCUCAAUGCUUGUUAUAAAGCAAUAUUAAGACAGUGCUUUAAUAUGUUAUUUCUUAUUACUCGGAAUAAAUGUGACUUGUUACACUUGUUACAAAUGUAAUGCAAUAAUUUAACAAACAAACUUAAUCAAUGAAAAGUCCUUAAUUUUUGGUAUAUUUUGAAAAAAAAUUUGCUAAAAAUUGAGAUAACAAAUUUAAAACAAAGAAUGUUCAUUGAAAAACCUUAAUUUUCAUUGAAAAACCUUAAUUUUCAUUAAUUAAAAUAUAAUAAUGUUUAAAAAUGAUUAAAUUAAUCAAAGCAUAUCUGUAAUAUUUACACCACAAAAAUCAGUUGUUAAAGUAUCAGUGUACAUCCAUCUUAUAGUUGCUGAUCGUCAUUGCCAUAUUUGGGACAUUAUCUCAUUUUUCACUGCUUAAAGGAGCUAAAUCUCCAACUCAAUAUUUUCCAUAAUAUUCAAAACUAAAAACACGAAUUAUAAUUCAAUAUUGGUCAAUUUUAAUCAAAAUUGAUGUUUCUAUCUUACCGUGAAAAUAUGGGAUCAUAAUAUCCAAUAUUUAAGACACGAUGAACAUUUUAUAAUCAGUACACGUGUCGUGGGUAUCAUUUGUAAUGAACAAAGAUAAACAUAUCCUACAAGACAAUGUGGAAAUGAAUUGGGGUUUAACGUCCUACUGUUCUGCGCCGAACUGGGCUAAUGAAGAUGGGCAUACAGUGUGCUAUGAGGGAAAUUUUGCCCGGACAGCGGCACUACGGCCUACUCUUAUAUCGAAUUCCAACUGUCAAGGGAUCAUUUACGUGCACGCCAAUAUGUACACAGGACCUCAGUUUUUCGUUCCAUUCGAACGACUAGACAGCUGUCCUUGUCAGCCCCUCAGGACAAUGUGGAAGUAAUUAGUAAUGGCUGAUUCACAAAUGACAAAAUAAUAAUAAAAAAAUGUGUAGAAUUGACUAAGUAGGCCCAAACGACUCUAGUUCAAUUUGGACUGUUCACGUAAUUCACUGAACAUAAUUGAUUAGAAAUUACAAUAUUGUUUUUAAAAAAAUUGAUUAUAAAUCACUUUAUAUACAUAUUACAUUAAUAUGUGCUUUUAGACCCACUUCUGUCAAUUUUGAGAAUAGAGUUAUAUGCCCUUUAAUCCAUGCUUUUGUUUACACAAAUUGAUUUUUAACAUUUAAUUAAAGAUACAGUAUCCCGAAAGUAUUUAUCGAGUGGUUAUUUCUAAUAAAGGUAUGGCAAAUUUGGUAUAUGUAUAUGGAAAGUAUAGACAACCAAUCUUACUAGAAAAAUACUGGAUUACCCGAGAAACAUCCAUGGGGCAAGCACUUGGUAAAAAUGUCAGGGUAACACUAAUGGGAAAGUAUCUUUAAAAAAGCAAAACCAAAAUAUCAACGAUAGAUUUUCUACUGGCAUAGAAUCAAUCGCAUUAAAAACAGACCUAUCAUACUGGAGGAUGCCGAAUAUUGCAAAAUUUUCAAUGAACCGUAUCUUUGUAAAUACUAAACAGAAUUGAAACAUUUUUGGACCAGGGGUUCAACUUUCAUAAUAUUGUGUUUAACCUCAUGGGUUUUCUCCGGGUCCUCUGGUUUCCUCCAACUGCUAAAGACACCUACGCGCAAGCGAAUUACUGAAAUAAAAUUGAGCCAUAUGCUAGCUCCGAUAUGACCUAUUAGUUUGUGUUGAAUGGAUGUUAAACCCCAUUUCGCUCUCUCUCUCUCUCUUUCUCUCUCUCUCCUCUCUCAGACGAUCAGCAACUUAUAUAAUUUAGUAUAUCAUACCUAACAGCAUAUCAUUAAUCAAAAUCAUAGAUUGACAUAUUAUAUUUAAUUGAUAAGCCACCGUGUUUUUUGUAUAUGAUUGGUUUGACUUGUAUAGUAGAAUUUACUCUUGUGGAAUCUUGUUGAUAUAUAUUUAUUGAUUUAUUGUAAUAUAUGAUGAUGCUCUUCACAUGAAUUACUUCCCCUUGUUGCAUAACUUAUUGUAGGCCUGGGCCCUGUUUCUCAAAAUCUUAACUAAAGAUAAAAUCCAAUUUUAGUAGAUACUUCAAUUUUGAUUGGCUAAGCACUAAAAUCAAUCUAAUAUUAUCCAAUCAAAUUACUAAAAUUUGGAUUUUAUCUUAGUUAAAACAGGCCCCGGCUCAAUAAGAAAAAACAUGUUUGAACUGAUAUUAAUGAUAUUAAACUAAGCAGAGUAUAUAUGGCUACUGAUAGUUUGCAACAAAGGGAAGGGUUUAAGAAAUGUACAAUAUUCAGAUUUAAUACUCAUUCAUCUGAAUUGCUGAUAUUAUAUUGUUUAUGGAAAGUUUAAUUGCCUGAUCUCUAAUUUGUAUUUAAAUUAAAUUCAAUAAAUAAUGAAUCUGAUUAAAA